AUGGCCUCGCAGCCCUCUGCGCCCGCCUAUCCACCCGCUCUCCAACCCGCCCCCGUCUCCCGCUUGACCUACACCCGCGAAUCGUCACUCUCGCCUUCCCGGUCUCCGCCUGCUGCAGCGAGGGGAUACUCGCACUCUAGAGGGAGGGCACAGCGGGCUUACUGGGUUGACGGAGCGGGAGUAGGAGGGCAGAGGGAAAGGAGCGAGAGUGUGGGGACAGAGGGGACGGCGAGCGAGUGGAGGAGCAGCGAGCGCAGUCUGAGUCGGGACGGGAGCAGGGCACCGCUGUUCCGUGGCCUGCACCACGGGAAACCCGCUCUGGGCGAGACGGCGGCGACGGAGAAGCCGAACGGGCUCGAAAAGGUCAAAUCGAAGGAACUGCUCGAGCGGGAACGGGUGGCGCGGGAGAUUGAGAAGGAACGGAUAGCGAGGGAGAAAAAGGUGCGGCACGAGUGGCGGAAGCACAAGGCGAGGUGGUUUGUUCGCCUCGCGAGGCACUUUGUCGGCGUGCGAGGGCACAGAGGCCUGCCGACCCCGCUGAUCCGCCCACUAAGGCACCUCUCCCCGGCGAACGAAAACUACCUCCUCGGCUUCCUCGGCUCGUUCCCCUCGAUCCUGAUCGCCUGCGCCAUCUCUUCCGGCCUCUCGCGCAUCUCCUCCUCCGCAUUCUCUUCCACGCCCCUCACAAUCGGCUCCUUCGGCGCUACGGCAGUCCUCCUCUACGCCGUCCCCGAAGCGCCGCUGAGCCAACCGCGCAACUUGGUAGGAGGGCACGUCAUCUCCGCCAUCGUUGGGGCAGUCAUCUCGCAGCUCUUUGCGCUGUCGAACCGGUUUACAAGGGACGAGGCGGUCCUGGAUAAUACGGUCGCCGCGAUCGGGAGCUGGCACUCCCUCACGCCUGUUUCGGCGGCGCUGUCCGUUGGAUUGGCCGUCUUUGCGAUGCAGAUAACCGGUACUAUACAUCCUCCAGGCGGCGCGACGGCACUCAUCGCAGCGUACCACCAGCAGGCCGGCCCUCGCUACACCUACAUCCUAGACGUCUUCCUCUCCAUCACGGCGAUGGGCGUCUGGUCUUGUUUCGUCGGCAACUUGGGGAGGAGGCGGUAUCCAGUCUACUGGUGGACACCGCUACCGCAGCCAGCACCAGACCCAGCCCCUCCCCCUCCACCAGACGAAGAAGCCGCCUCACCCUCCGCCGACGACACAUCCUCAACCACAUCCUCCACAACCACAACCACCUCCUCCUCCUCUCCCUCUCCAUCCCGCCCAGCCGCGCCACCUGGAGGAACUUCGACCUUCGUACCUCCACCUUCACUUUCCUCCCGCUCGCGCUCACGCUCGCAAUCCCGCCCACCCCUCGACCCUUCACAUUCCUCUCACCCCUCCGAGUUCUCAGCGCAAGAAGACUCCGAACGUCGCUGGCUUGGGAUGCUCGGAGAAGUGGAUGAGGAGGCGCUCGCGAGCGGGGACGAGGAGGCGAGGCGGGAGGAGGAGAGGUGGGUUGAGAGGGAGGAGAUGGAGAGGCAGCGAUCGAGGGAGAAGGAGGAGAGGGAGGAGAGGGGAAGGAGGGCCACGAGGAUGUGA